AAAGAUCGAGCCUUGCCUGACAUCCCUAUGCCAGUUACUACCCGCAGCUCAACAAGUGAAUCAAACCCAGAUUCCGUGGCUGACAAUACUUCUGAUUCCUAUGCAACUGUUACCAAGGGGGUAGUGAAUCCAAUUAAACCUAGAAAUCAUCGACGAAAUAAACCCAAAGCUCCAAAACCACCUGGCAUGAAUGAAUUAACAAUUUCUGUCACACCUGAACCUGAUGGCAGGCCUCACUCUGCACCAAUGACACCAGCCACUUCUGAAAACACCUCCAGAGAGUUUCUCCGACCUUCGAGUUUAGUACAAGUUGUGAACUUGUCAGUGUCGAACGUUAAUGGCUCUCGGGCUCCAUCUAUUCGCUACUCUUUGCUUCAAGGAUACACAGAGCUUGAUAAUCGAAAUACUGGAGUCAAUCAUUCUCAGUCAGCUUCAUCAAAGGGACCCAUCCAACCAGAAUUCAGUGCAUGUGAACCAUCUACUUCAGAGCAACCUUGUGGAGACACAGUAGACUCGGAAAGUUUUGUGAUGCCCCAACCCGCUGGUUUGCUUCUGUCUGUUGAUGCUGAAGGACGAAGCAGAAACCCUUCCACAGCAGGUCAAGCUGUUGCUGGUCAAAUACCUUCAGCUGAGAUUCCGUACAUGACCCCUCCAUUACAGCACUCACCACUAAUGACCAACAUGGAGGAUGGAGGAGAAAUCUCUUCAGGGAAUAAAGACACACCAUACAACAUGAUCAGCGUACGUGAGCCCUUAGCUAAAGUAAGGGAAGAAACUUUAAAACUCCAACUAAGACAGCAGCCAGGAACUUCCAGUAACCAGGUGUCGGGAAGUCAGUCAAGCGAGGGUCAUUACAUGGUGGUCCCUGAUGAAGAAGAGAUGUACGAAGAAAUUGAUCCUGGCUCUAGUCAGCACUCUGAGAGAUCUUCUUCCAUGUACGCGUCGAUUGAACCGGAGAGGCGUCAACUUCCGCCAGCUCCACCGACUGUAGAAAGUUUGAAGUGUGUUGCCCAGGCUCACUCCAGACAAGCUUCCUAUACUUCUGCGACUUCCUUUGACAUUAGCGAUGUGAUGGGAACAACAGAAGAUGAUGCCAACCAACUUAUGAAAGACUUGUCUGGCCUUUACUCUGUAGUUGAUAAAUCGGGAAAGCAGCGGCAAACCAUUCAUUUGGCUGAAGGAGUGAGCUUUCUUCCGAGUUCCAAGGAUGAGCCACAGACUGUUGAAGAAAUGUACGCCAAAGUUCAUAAGAAGAGACAUGGCUCAUCUUCAAGUGCAUCAGGUAUGGAAGAAAUUGGAAAAUAUUCUUAUCCCCCUUCAGUGGAUGUAUUUGCUCCCCCUGUUCCCCCUAAAAGCCCAACAGUUGUUACAGACUUUCCACUUGAUCCUUCCCCCACAACUCGUCGCCAUGUAGUUAACUCAGCUGUUCUUCCUGUGGCUAAUUCUAUCAUUAUGUUUUCCCCAAGACCUCAGUCGACUGAUAUUGUAACUAGGGAUGAUGAUGAUGAUGGGGAGGAUAGUGAUCCAGGAUAUGAGCCUGUUAAGCAUCAGAGUCUUGCUACUAAUGAUCCUGAUUACGAACCAUUGAAACAUCAAAAAUAUACUUCUAAUAACCCUAGUUAUGAAUCCUUAAAAUACAAGAAAUAUACUUCUAAUGAUCCUGGCUAUGAAUCUGUAAAAGAUAAGAAGUAUGUGUCUAAUGAUCCUGGCUAUGGAUUGGUAAAACAAAAGAAGUAUGCAUCUAAUGAUCCUGGCUAUGAAUCUGUAAAAGAAAAGAAGCAUGCAUCUAAUGAUCCUGGCUAUGAAUCUGUAAAACAAAAGAAGUAUGCAUCUAAUGAUCCUGGCUAUGAAUCUGUAAAACAAAAGAAGCAUGCAUCUAAUGAUCCUGGCUAUGAAUCUGUAAAACAAAAGAAACAUGCAUCUAAUGAUCCUGGCUAUGAAUCUGUAAAAGAUAAGAAGUAUGGGUCUAAUGAUCCUGGCUAUGAAUCUGUAAAAGAUAAGAAGCAUGCAUCUAAUGAUCCUGGUUAUGAACGUGUUAAAGGAGACUUAGAUGAUCUGAGAUAUGAAAAUGUUGCUCAGCCAGCUGUAGCAGGCAAAUCUUUAAAUGGUUUUACAUGGGAGAGUCCAGCUAACAAUAUGACACACAUGCCGCAAGAUCAAACUUUGAGACAUCAUGGGUACGAAAGUCUGAAGGGUCUUCACAGAAAUGAUUCUGAUGCGACAGAAUCAUAUUACGAGAAAGUAAGGCCUAGAGGAUACGAUAGUAACAGCGAGUUUGGUGAUCCAGACUACGAGCCUGUUAGAAGGCACGAGAGCGAACGUGCAGACCCUAAUUACGAAAAGAUUCGUAGGUUAGCACGAGCUGAAAGUGAUGUCACUGAUCCUGGUUAUGAAUGUGUUAAGAAACCUCCAUUGCCUCCUUUAAAUGCAGCAACCUCGCAUGAACCACCUUACGAAAUUGUUCACGGAGCGGAAAGUGACGUAAGCGAACCAGGAUACGAGAGUGUACACCAUCAGGACCAUGGAAAACACCAAAGUACCUCAGGCCAUGUGGUGGAAGAGUUUUUUAAUUACUUAAUUGACCCUAGUAGUAAAGUGGAAGGACUAACAUUUUCCUAUCCAGAUUAUGAAAUGGUGAAACAUAUGCAUAGUAAUACUCCAAACCGCAGUGACGAUAGUGAAGAAUUUUACGAAACCAUACCCUCAAAGGACCGCUCGGAAUCUCAUGUUUUAGAAACGGUGCCCCAACUGACCGACUACAAUCCAGAUGAAGAUAGGGGCAGCAAAAUAUGUAGUGGUGGUAGAAGCAAUGAUAGCAAAGUUAAAGAUGAGCAGGAAAAUAGUAUACCGGUAAGUUCACAUGUUACAAAAAUGGAACAAACAAAACCUGAAGAAAGCACCAUCAAAGUGGGUGCAACUCGAGAAGUGGAGGAAUACCCCAAGUGGGAUAGCGGACCAGUAGAGGUCUAAGGAAAAAAAAAUCAAAUGUUCGAGUUUAAAAAACAUAACUCUAUCUGUAUGUCGUGUUUUAACUACCAGGCUAAAUUUAAAAGAUAAUGACUGUAGCUUGUGACCUUAAAGGGACAGACUGUUGUGUGUGACCUUUGACUAAAGUGGACAUCAUAUGUAUGGUCAGUGUGGUUAAGGAAGUCUUAAUAGGCUAGUUUGGAGUAUAUAAAGAAAUGGUGUGGGUGCUUCCACUGUAGAGUAAAUUUUAUUAUGUACAGUAAUCUGUAAAUAUUAUUAGCUUAACUUGCCUAAAUUUCAUCACUAGUAAGUUCUUUUAUGUACUAAAUACAGUUUUAGGAGCAAAAGGAAUUAUGAAAAGAAAAAAAAAAUCCUUUGAGAAUAGGCAAUAUCUCUCACUUCUUGAAACUUGAAGUAAGCCACUUUUAGAUAAUAAAGUUUAGAAAUGGCUUGGAUGGGUAAUGAUAAUGAAAGAACAUUUAUUACAAGUAACAAAUGUAUGUUUCAACAAGCUUUUGUCAUCACCAUAGGGUAUCUGAUGGCAAUAAAAGCUUGUCAAAGUGUUUUACAUUUCUUACUUCUAAUAAAGUUUCUUUCAUUACCCAUCCAAGCCAUCUCCAAACUUUAUUGUCUAAAAGUGGGUUUCUCAUCUUCAAUAUUUCAAAGGGCAAUGUGUUCGAUGAUCUUAACCGAGAGAUAUUGUUUCGUUAGGCUAAUAUUUUUUAAAGUGUACUGCUUUAUAUUGUAAUGCUGUGGCUAUGACAGAGCUCUUAAGUCGUUUUUCUCUGAUAAGAGCUUGUCUUUUUUAUUUUUUGUAAUGGUGUAGAGAGAGAGAGAUGGCUUCCUUAGUCUUCCUUUAUUGGUGGUUCUGCAGCUCUUUUGGCCGGCAUUCGAAACGCAUCUUAUGAGAGCCAUAUGUUCUGCUAUAAUUGAAGCUGUGAUUGUUCAACAAAUAGACUAAAAAGUUCUUUUAAUCAUUGUUCCAGAUUUCUUUUGGUUUAUCCUAUGCAUUCUUUAUUGCACGACGAUAAGGUUUCACAAGUGACAUACUUGGAGUUUAGACUGUUCGAAUUUUGUUUCAUUAGAGAUAAGGAGUUUUGUGUUUUAUUUCCUUAUUUUAAGUUAACUGGAAAUUUUUAUGAAUGUGCUGAAGAUAACAUUGACGUGGUAGUGCAUAGAACAGUGAUGUUAGUGUGUGGUUUUUGGCUCUGUUCAUCUGGAAAUUUUUUUAACGCCUAUGAAUUUUGUUGGUAGAGCAGUAUUACCUAAAACUCUUGCAAUUCUGCUAAAAGGGAAGGAAAUUUAAUAGUGACAUGAGGUAUUUGUCUGCAAUGGUUGUUUUUCUGGAGAUUCUGAUGGUUAAGCCACUGUCCCAUCUACUGUAGAUGAGGAUGACUGGUGGUGAAGCCACUGUCCCAUCUACUGUAGAUGAGGAUGACUGGUGGUGAAGCCACUGUCCCAUCUACUGUAGAUGAGGAUGACUGGUGGUGAAGCCACUGUCCCAUCUACUGUAGAUGAGGAUGUCUGGUGGUGAAGCCACUGUCCCAUCUACUGUAGAUGAGGAUGUCUCGUGGUGAAGCCACUGUCCCAUCUACAGUAGAUGAGGAUGUCUGGUGGUGAAGCCACUGUCCCAUCUACAGUAGAUGAGGAUGUCUGGUGGUGAAGCCACUGUCCAAUCUACUGUAGAUGAGGAUGUCUGAUGGUUAAGCCACUGUCCCAUCUAGUGUAGAUGAGGAUAUUUGGUGGUGAAGCCACUGUCCCAUCUAUUGUAGUUGAGGAUGUCUGGUGAUGAGGCCGAUAUCCCAUCUACUGUAGAGGAGGAUGCCUAGUGGUGAGGCCAUUGUCUCAUCUACCGUAAAUGAGGAAGUCUGUUGAUGAGGCCGAUAUCCCAUCUACCGUAGAUGAGGAAGUCUGGUGAUGAGGCCGAUAUCCCAUCUACCGUAGAUGAGGAAGUCUGGUGAUGAGGCCGAUAUCCCAUCUACUGUAGAGGAAGAUGCCUAGUGGUGAGGCCACUGUCUCAUCUACCGUAGAUGAGGAAGUCUGCGUAGCUCAAUCACAGAUACAUCAUUAGAGUAAGGUUUCUGAAGUUUAAAACAUAUUUCAAAAGUUCCUCAGUUAGAGGCCACUAAAUAUUGGAGUGAACAACAAACCCACUACAAAAUUAUCAGUUUGUUCAGAAAAAAGAAUCCUGGUUUGAAAGUCAUUGGAGCUGACAUAAAAAGUUAAUCAAUUCCAAAAUAGUCUCUUUGAAAGGUCUGUUGUUGGUGGGUUUAGGGGGGAUAUCUGUGUUUGUUAUAUUUUGGUGGUUGAAGAUUACAGGGUUAUUCAGGAAUAUAUGUCUUGAUUUUUAAAAUUGGCUUAAAAGUCCCAUGGUUGUAUUUGUAACUUUCAAUUUGGCGACAAAAUUUUGUGUAAAUUACACAAAUGUCAAUUUCUGUUUGAAGUGCAGUAUUACAAACUCCUGAUUGUUGUGGUAAGUGGUAAGAAAAUGAUUUAAAAAGAGAGAGAGAGAGAGAGAAUGAGCCAAUGGCAGCUUACGAAGUGCCUCAUGUAGAAGUUCCAUGAUCGUAUCCCAAACAUUAAAACCAGAGUGGUUUUCUUUGUACUAGUAAUUAUGUUUUAGUUGCAGUGUCUAGAAAAAUAUAAUAAAACAUUAAUUAACUGCUACUAAAGCUUCAAUCAUGACCUAAUAUUGCUGCGUAAGGAAGUGGAGAGUGUGGGCCUAAAAAGAACAAGUAGCAUGCCAGAAUGACCUGUUGCUAUGUCAACAGGAGAGCUUGGUUAGGCCAGCUGUGAACUGCCUAAUUAGGAAGUGAGAAACGGGCUUUGCAGAGAUAAGAAGUUGAUGUCAGUUGGCUGAAAAUGGAGCCGGUUCUUCACCCGUUAAAUAGGUCACCAACUGCCACUGAUAUCUGCUGAAAUACACGUGUUAGCAAGUGGAUUGAAAGUGGCUAACAAGUUUUAUUGAGACCACAUUUCUCGAUGUAUUGGAUAAUGACUGCCGAUGAGUGACCAUUUAUUACUGUGAACAUUUUAAAAAAGGCCGGUCACAAAUACAGUUGUAGAUGUUUAUGGUGUCAAAGCUCAUUGGUUGUUUAUCAGCAUUUCAUUAAAAACAGGGAAGCAAAUGAAACAGUGUUAUUUGCACUACCAAAAGGGCACAAAAAAUAUUUUAGUUUAUUUGAAUAUAUGGAGUGUUAUUGCAGUGUUACAAUGUAUAUUCAGGAAGUGAAGGUAGCCUGUGUUUCGGUGUUAGUUGACCACUAUAUUAAAAAAAAAAGAAGCAUUUCAUUGCCAUAUUAAAACUUGUUUAAUAUGUAGAUUAGAACAUCAUUAGAUGUAAAACCUGUACAUGUAAGUUUCUGGAAAAGUUCAGCUGUAAAUAAGAAUAUUCAUAAAGGUCAAAGUUAAAUGGUUGUCCAAGAUUAAGCCUAGACGGUCUUUUUUUUUUAUUUGCUUAAUUAAAAGAUAUUUACAAUGUUUUAUAACUGUGAAGUUGUUUGUGUGUAUAAUGUUUAAGAUCGUAUCAAUGAUUGAAUUUAAAGUUAAACAUGCCUUGCAUGUUAUCUUUUUGUGGCAUUUUCAGGUGUUUCAAUAGAUACACACAGCACAGUUUGUUCUCAAAGUUAGAUAUAAUAUCUGGUUCCUAUAAUUCAGUUGAGGAAAUGUACAGACUAGAAUGUGUUUUCAGUUGUAUGUAGAAAUACAAGUUUGAAAGUAAUUUCUUGUGUCAUGUUAAUGUUUGAACAAGAUAAUGUUAAAUCCACCCCUAUUAUUAAAUAUAACUCUUAGUUGGAGUUCAGUAGUUUUCAUGUGUUCAGGUUUUAAAGACUUGUAUUGGUCAUUAAUCUACUUUUUUUAAACUUCCAGAAAUUGUGUCCUUUGUUAUAAACUUUUAAACACAACUGUUCGACUGUGAUUGCUUUAGUUUCAUUGCAUUAUCUUUAACUCCACGUAGUUAAUUGAAUUGGAUACCAGCUUACAAGUUCAAGACUCAAUUUAUAACUUGUAUAAUGAUGGUAAACUGUUGAAGACAAGAAAAAUGUUGUUGUUUUUUUUGUAAUUAGUUCCUUCUUAAGAAUCUGUAUAAUAUCAGUAAUGGAUGUGCGUUAGGUGUCGUAACAUGUUUGAAUUCAGAACGUUUACGUCAACAUUUUUAUUAUAGUCUUGUUAACUAAACCCUUUGUUAAUUGGCUUUCAUUGAUUUCCAGCACUUAAUUUUUACCUGUGUAGUAGUUUGUGACACACACUCCCCCCCCAAAAAGUACACGAGUUCAAAAGAGUGUCUCGAGACUUUUCCCAUAAUGCCUCAACUGAACAAUAUUUUCAUCAGCCUUAUGUCUGUUCACUUAACUCUUUCAUUGCUACAUUAAUAUGCAACUCUUCCAGUGUUUGGUUUGUUUUUAGUUACACAUUAAAAACACUGAAAGAUACAAUUUAAUAUUUCAUUAUUUAGAUGAAACUUUAAAGUGAUAACAUUUGAGAAUUUUGAAGGGAAAUACCUUUUUAUUUUUAUUACUCAUGGUGGUAUUUUAUUACUUGUACUACUGCUCCAGAGGAAGACACGUGCCCACAGAAGUAAAAAAAUUAAUAUUGGUACUAUCCACAAUAGCAAUCUAAAACAGAGUUUCUUAAUCUUUUCAAUGUCAGAGAUAAGCUUGCCGUCUCGUUAAACUGUCACCGACCGCUAAAAUACAACAAAGAGACAUUACGACUUGCAUAUGAAUAUUUUGUCCAUUUUUGUUUGUUCUUGUGGAAUACCAUGAACUGGCAAGGCGGUUGUGAUGUCUUACUACCGACUGAUGGUUGAGAAAUAUUGAUCUAAAUAAGCCUGUAAACCAGGAAUGGUUUGUUCUUCUGAUACUGAAUACUGACAGUUAUAUAAGAGUGAAAUGAAGUUCAUGAUGUAGGUAAGUUUCUAGAAUACCAUGGACUGGCAAGGUGGUUGUGAUGUCUUACUACCGGCUGAUGGUUGAGAAAUAUUGAUCUAAAUAAGCCUGUAAACCAGGAAUGGUUUGUUCUUCUGAUACUGAAUACUGACAGUUAUAUAAGAGUGAAAUGAAGUUUAUGAUGUAGGUAAGUUUCUACAGGCAAGAACAAGUUUGUUACUCAUCUCGGUAUCCGAUUCUUUACACGUUAAGGCAAGUUUAAAAUGAUGUCUCUGUCUUUACGGUGAUGUUACCUAUUGAGACGUAAAGAGUUUGUCAGCAAAAAAGUAUUCUUUGUUACUUGUUUACAGUGAGGUUAAAUUAGAGCUAGUUAACCUCUAUUAAAAAACCUCACAACACCUGACUAGCGACAGAGUCAGAACAUGACUUUCUUCAGUAUUUUAUAUUGGAAUUUUUAGAGGCAGGUAUUGAACCAUUAACCAUUCCCAGGUAGCAGGACUAUCUGAAUUAUUAAUGCAUUACAAACAGUUAUUAUUCACAAAAUGUUAUAUUUGUAUUUGAAAAGAAUAAGAAAAUUCAAGUUUUGUCUGUUGAUAACUGUUCAAAACCACCAGUUUUUAGGUGCUAAAUUUAUAGUUUAACGUGUUUUCAGGUACUGCCAUUUAAUAAAGAAUAUUGCUGGAUAUAAAGAGAUUAAUCUCUUCGAAACUAAAGCAUUUCUUGGUAAAUUAUAGCAGUAAGUGGAUCAUUAAUAACAGACCUAAUCAAUGUCGUGUUGUUUUCUGUCGGGUUAAUCAUAACGUUUGUUUCUCUUGCUCAAACUUUUGCUGUAAACCCCCCCCCCCCAAAUCUAUCAGAUACUGCCUUUUUUUCGUCCAAUAUAUCAAAACUUUAAAAAUUUACGCCAUUCUGUUAGAAAAUAUUAUAAUAUUCUGUCAUAAUGGAGUGAACCAAAUUGAUUUCUUAAAUUGAGUAUAUUUGUUUCAGUUGAUGAAAUAUUUGUCAAGUGAAAUUUUACUGAUAACUGACUAUAUUUUCAUAGAAAAUUGGCCCUAGAUAGGAGUGUUUGUCUUUCAACUUCAGUUCUCUAUGAUGCUAGUAGUAUCUGCCUGCUUAAAAUCUGAUUUUGUCAAAUUGUUGAUCAAAUGUAAUGUAUUAUUAUUAUUAUUAGCAAUAAUUUUGUUUAAAUAUAUCAGCAUCAUUUGUUUUUGUGAGAAAAAAGCAGCUACAGUUUUAAUGUUUUUUUUUAUGAUUGUUAUUUAUGAGUAUAAUGUUUUCUGUAGAUUUACAUAAUGUAAAAUGAUUUAUGCGAUAAGACAUUUGGAUAUAAAUUUAGAUUUUUAUAAUUUAUUACAGAAUCUGCUGUAAAACAUUGCAUCAUAUAUAUAUAUAUAUAUUUGAUUAUCUGAAGAAAAUCACAAAUGUAUAGGUCUUCAUAUAGCUUUCUAUACUUUUACUAUAUCAUCCUGUAUUAACAUAUCAUAAAUCAACACAUCACUUAGUGCCAAAGGUUUAAAUAUUUUAAUGUGUAUUCUGCAUUAAAAAAAGAAGGAAAAAAA